AUGAUUUUCUUUAAAAAGUCAACUUAAAAAUCAAUUAAUAAAUUAAUUGAUCAAUCAAUAUUGAUUUCAAAAAGUGUUGGCGCGCAUUGUGUUUUAUUGUGUCUUCAUUGAAAUAUUGAAAUAUCAAAAUUCUUUCCGAAAAUCAAUCAAAUUUUCCACAAUGUCCGAAUUAAUAAUAUUAUUUAAUUGUGAACGAAAUUAUUCGUUUGCAAUUAAUUUUGUACGUUUAUUACAUUCACAACGAAUGCUUGAUUCAAAAUAUGAAAUAUUGAUUAUUAGUGAUGUUGAUCUUACGACGACGACAACAACAACAACAACAAAUAAUGAUAAUGAUAAACAAAAACAAUUAAUACAAGAAAAUAUUCGUCAAUUGAUCAUUGAUUAUGGUGUAAGAAUAUGGACCGAUAUUGAUAUUCGUAAUUUACAUAAACAUUCACGUUUAAUAUCUGAUAUUAAAUUGGCCAUUAAUCUUAAACGUAUACAUUUGAUUUAUAAUUUUGCCGCUAAAAUAAAUUGUAAUCAAUCAACAACGAUAAUGACAACAAAAAUGAUGAUAAAUUAUCGAACAUUAUUACGUGAUAUGUUUAUGUCGAUUGAAGAUUUACAUCGUGAAUGUUUAAUUGAAAUUUUGCUUUAUAUUACAAUAUCGGAUGGUUUAUCCGGUUUAACACCAAUUGAAAUCAAUAAUUCAUCAACAACAUUAUCAUGGCAUGAAUCAUUACAAUUAAACGAAAUGGCUUCCUAUGGUAAUUUUAUACUAAUCGAUUAUUGUUAUCCAUUAACAAUGAAAACAAUGAAAAAAUUAUUCUGUGAUAAUUAUGAACGAUUAAAAUUUCGUUAUCAAACUAAUCGUAAAUUUCAUUAUUAUAAUAAUAAUAGUAAAAAUUUAAACAUUAUAAUUAAUAAAAAUAAAAAUAAUGAUUGUUCAAUUGUUGUUGCUCAACAACAAAAACCAAAUCAAUUUGUAACGAUGAAUAAAGAUAAUCAUUAUCAUCGAAUAAAUGAACAAAUGAAUUUAUUAAAUAUACAAUUAGAACAAUAUGAUCCAUUUGGUUAUUGUAAUCGAAAAAAAUCUUUAAAAUUAUUAUCAACAAAAAAAUUAUCAUUAUCAUCAUCAUCAUCGUCAUCAUUAUCAACUGGAGAAUCAUCAACAUCAUCAUCAUCGUCAUCAUCGUCAUCAACAAUGAUUGAUAAAAAAAUAUUCAAUGAUUGUUGCUUUGGUAACAAUGUAAAUCUAUUUGUAUUUGAAUAUCGUGAUUAUAAACUUGAUUGUUUUAUUCCAAGGGUUAUCUAUACACAUCCAUUAUCAUCGAAUAGUUUAGUACAAAAAUUUAUCAAUGAUAUUGGUGAACUUAUGUUGGAUAAUAUAGCUGGUUGCCGUAGUGUUAAACCAUAUCUAAUCGAACGUUCAUCAUUAUUGGCUAUCGAUGAUAAUCAUCAUAAUGAUAAUAAUGAUGAUGAUGAUGAUGAUAGUUUUUGUUAUUCAUCAAAUGAACCAUUAGAUAUUUAUAUAUUAAGUAUUAGUCUAAUGGAUUCAACACCACAAAUACAAUUUCGUAUGAUGUCAACAAUAAUUGGCCGUUAUCUACGUAAAUCUUAUGUUGAUGAUCUAAUUACUGAAGAUCUUCGUAUUGAUGAUAUUAUAUUUGGUUUUUGGUCAAAACAUAAUACCACUCAACGAUUAUUAAGCUUAAAUCUUUUAGUUGAAAAUUGUUUACGUAUUAAAUGGAAUUUAAAUGAUACAAGAAUUUUAUAUUCUAAAUAUUUUCAUCUGAUUGAUAUUAAUGAUCAUCAAAAAAAUCCUCAACAACAACAACAACAACAACAUUUAAUACUUCCAACAACAGGAUUAUUAUAUCCACAGAUAUUCUAUCGUAAUUUAACUAUUUGUUGGCAAUUUUCUUCACAUAAUAAUAAUGGAAAAACAAAAACACAUUUACCACAAUUAGAAUUUCUUCGUAUAGUAUGGGAUCAUUUUCAGCCAACAAAUUUACAUUCAAUUCAUUUGAUUAAAAAAAUCCAAUUAUUUGAUGGUAUUUAUUAUUGUUAUCGUUUUAUUAUACAAUCCGUUGAUCUAGCAAUGGAUAGACAAAAAAUUGAUGAUUUAAUUACAGCAUUGUGCAUACGAUUAAAAAAUCAAUUCUCACAGAUCAAAAUUCAUCAUCUUCAAAAUUGAUUCAUUAUA